AUGGCUCCUCCUGUUUCUGCCGAUCAGUGGCUCGCUGCCGCCAAGUACCGCCGUACCGUCUACGGCCUCAAGAGCACAUCUGCCGUCUCCGACGAGCGUGUUGAGCAGAUCCUCGGCGAAGUCCUCUCAUUUGCUCCCUCCUCCUAUAACACUCAGCCCGUCCGAAUUACUCUCGUCACUGGUGAGAAGCACAAGGGACUGUGGGAUGCUAUUAUCAAGGAGGCCGAGCCAAUUCUCAAGGGUGCCGGCGAGGAGGUCUGGAAGACAAUGAGCGGCAUCUUUGCUGCCCACAAAGGAGCUUAUGGCUCGGUUGUUUUCUGGGAAAGCGGCAACAGUAUUAAGGAGGCUGGCGAGAAGCAUGCCUCGGGUGCCCAUAUGUUCCCUCAAUUCGCUGAACACACCACUGGCAUGGCUCAAAUCCUAGUCUGGACAGCACUCGAGCUGGAGGGCCUAGGUGCUAAUCUGCAGCAUCUGCAGGCCAUCCCUCCAGUUGAGGCUGUCAUUAAGCAAUACCUUGAUGUGCCUCAGGACUACUCGCUAAAGGCCCACCUAAACUAUGGUGAUGAGGCCCAACCUCAUCCUGAGAAAGUCCCUGAGAAGCUGCCUCUUAGCGAGACUUUGAAGGUUGUCAACUGA